AUGGAGGAAGAGAUGAAGAAAUUGAGCAAGAGCUUAGGAGGAUUCUGCAACCAUCUCCAAAGCAGCUGCGAUGCUUUCAAUCAAUCUCUCCAGCGUCGCCCUAUCCCUCUCGAUUCUGCUUCGUCGACUUUCAUCAAGAGCUUGACCCGUAAACUCUCGACAGCUGGCACUGAGCUCAACUUCCUUGAGUCCAUGUCUUUCGGUACUGUCUCCUUCGAGGAGCUCUUGGGACAUUGCAAUCAGAUCUAUAAAAGGAACCAAGAGGAGGUUUUGAAUCUUCAGGACCGUCUCACUGACUUUGGCUACGUUCCUGAUGAUUCGCCAAAUUUCAAGAGCCUUGGGCUUUCAGAUGCUUGUCUUGCAACUUUAGCUUCACAAAGUAAAGGAGGAAGAUUUGUCUCAUCUACUACUGUGAAGGAUUCUUACAACACGUCUUUGGAAGAAUCUGUGAAGGGCAAGCCGUUUGAGACUAGUGCUCUACCUGUUCCAAAGACGUCAGAGCUUUCCAAUGAAGAUGAGAAUGUGGCAGUAGAGAUGGGUAGAACUUCAAGGCCAAGUAUUACAUUGAUAAAAGAAGAAUAUGAAAAUCUCCCUUCUUUCAUGAAGACUCUUGCAUCAUGGGAGGAUCUGCUCAGUGCCGUGGAGAAAUUCAAUUCAGUCCUCUGUAGUAAGAAGGGAACAAAUGGGUCUUACUACUUCCGUGCAGAUGAAAUCCCAACUCUAGGCCUUGGGAAUAAGGAGAAAGCUUACACACUGCUACUGACACGGAUGAAGAGAUUGGUGGUUGAGACAACGGACGGCGUUGUAUCCUAUAGAGUUGCGUAG